AUGGCAGGCUGAGGCAUUCGGACUGCCUCGUUCGCCAACAGCGAUGUCCCACUUCCACCGGACCCAUUGCGUGUAUGCCCAGAAAACACCGAAGCCCUUACAGAUGCCCUGGGGUUCUUGGACGUGAAGUACGGCUUGACCGGCAUCAGUGGCUCUUGUAUCAGCCCCGCGGCGGGGAGCUGUCGAGCAAUGGGGGCAGGGGAAUCGACUUGUCCGGUGGGCGUGAGUGACUCGGAGGUGAGAAAGCGGGCCGUCUGCCGAAGCUGGAUAUCGCGAUCAUCCAGUGCGGGGCUUGCGCGGGCAAGGUCUCCGGCCAUCCAGGCCUUCUCUACCAUGUCCAUCUCGCUCGCCAUCCUACUUGCUCUGAGCACUCCUGUCCCAACACCCUCAAUCUCCUUCUCCUCCAUGUCACUGCCCCCAAAGACUCGCUCCUUUUCUUCUUCCAGACCCUUCAGCCUCGCCAAACCUUCGGGCGGCCAUCGGUGGAGCUCGCUGGCUUCGACAGAGAUGGCAGAAGGGGCGUAGAUGGAACCCGUAAACUUUUUGACAGUGAGUGCUGUGGAGGAAAUGGCGGUCCCGGGUCCAGGCUCAAUGGCCGGUUGCUCCGAGCGAGUUCGAGUCAUGGGCUCAAGCGCCGAGAACGUAGAGGAAACGAUUGAAAGCAUUGGCCCUCUCCCAGCAGGCUUUUGGCUUGUCAGUCUACUUCGUGAUGCUUGGAACACAGUACUCACUGUUCUCAAAGUCACUCGCUCCAUGCCUAAUCUCGAGACAGCCCCCAUCAUUCCUGUGGUUCCGGCAGCUGCCAAACCUCUCCCAAUGCCACCCGCUUGGGCUCCCGCCAUUCCUCCAAACUUGGCACUAUUCAGCAUGUAAAAGUCUCUUGUUUCGCCGCCAGCAAGUCUCUGGAACGUCCCCGGAAUUGGACCUCCAAUCACGAGUUUUGAAGGAGCUCCUCGUGAUUUGUUGCCUUUUCGUUUCUGAGACGCCUUUCUCCGAGCGGCAAAGGAAACACCAGGCAAAACGUACGUCCCAGUUUGCGGUUUUGUGGGGGAUCCCGUACCACCAGGUAAGACGUACAUGCCGGGUCUCUGACCAGUAGGAAUAGGGUAGAUGGGAGGUGUGCCGAAAGUGGAGACAGAAGCGAUAGAUGCGGGACGUCUCUUAUCGUCGGUGAACGCUGUAUGGCUGUCUCCAAUCUCACCCCAGCCUCCCUUCUCAUAGCGGUAGAUUCCCAGCAGCCCGAAUGCUAUGAAGAUUCUCGAGACGAAUUGGAUGGCGUGUCUGGCGACGACGAGUGGGUACACAACGGGUAUCAAAGAAAGGCCAAUAUCGACAGCAGCGAUGAGCAAUCCGAACAGAAUAGCACGCUCACCCCAUCGAGUGAUGUUGUUGAUUUUGAGACUGUAUCGGGUCUUGCUAUUCGUCAAGAUGAG